AUGAUGAACAAGAAAAUGAUGGAUUGGAAGAAAGCGAGCUGGAUGAAAGUGAAUCUGAAGUAGGAAAUCAAGUGUCAAAUGGUUCGUCAUCAUCACUGUCGCAAAGUCAAAAUUCUGGUGAGGUCGAAGAUGAAUUAUUUGAUGAUGAUGAACAACAUGAUCUUUUCGAUCCACCAAAUGAUGAUGAUAAUGAAUCCUAUGAAGAAUCAGAUGAUGAAAUUGAUUGGCAUCUAGAGUUCUACAUUGAUGACCAGCGUAUAAAUUUUGAUUCUACGUUAUUUGAGGUUAUUUAUCGGCAUUUGCUACGAACCAACGUCGAACAAUCAAAAGAAAAAUUUUGGAAUAACGAUGAUGAAUAUAUAAUUAAAUUUAAAAAAAUAGUAUCUGCUUUUCCACCAUUCCCAGAUCACUAUGUUCCUAUCAAAUUAGGGACUGGGAAUGAUGCCUAUGUAGAGCUUGUCACGAGAUUUAUGGCAAUCCUUCAUUCUAUUUACUCAGAUGCUGUUUCAGUCGAUAAAUAUGAUCCUAGUCCGUUCGUGUCACAAGAGCUAGAAACACAUAUAGAUAUCGUUGUAAACCCGGUAUCUAUUUUGACGCGAGUUUUUCCUGACGCGUUUCUCAAGAUUUGUUCUGAGGUUCCGUUCUUACUUAACCCAAUGAAACGUCAUGAGUUCUUUAUCGGUAAAACUUUUGGUCUACUUUAUCCCGAAAGAUUUGGAAUAGACAUUAAUAAUGCUCGUAAGGUGUUAAAUUUGAUUCGUCAAGUUCUUCCUGGACCUAUGCAGGCUACACCAUCUAUAUCUAUGGACAAUUUGUUUGGGUGGGUUCGUCAACAUUUUGAAAAAUAUGCAGUUACAGGGUCAAGGCUCAGUGUUCAAUUUGAAGGAGUUGGUGGGAUUGGAGAUGGUGUGGCUCGUGAAUUUUUUUCAAAAUUAUCACUUGAAUUUUCACAAAUUUGUCGGAAAAUGUGGGUUCAUGAUGUAAAGUACAAAAAGCCAUACAAACAAAAUGACCCUAUUGAUAAUGAUAAUGGAUUAUAUCCUGCACUAAUGGAUGAUCAAAUUGAUGAAAAAAUGGAUGGAGAAUCGAAAGAAGGAAUUGAAACAGUGGAUGAGUCAAAUGAAGUAACUAAGAAAGAAAAUUUAAAGAAUGAAGAAUUGAAUAUCUUGGAAAACUUUAAACUUCUUGGCCAAUAUGUUGCGAAG